UCCGCCUAGGCCGCUCUAGCCGGCCUCUCGCAGCUCAGAGGUCCUAGGCCCUCCGGCGCGGCGCAGGAUGGCCGCUGCGGUGCGGCGGGGCGCGGAGCCGUGGAACAGCGUGAGGAUCCCGCAGGCGGGGAGCAGCAGCACACUGACGGUGCAGGACCGCAGCGCCACCCUAGACAUUUGCACUGCAGCUGUGGUGAAAGGGUGCCGUCUCGUCACACGGUCACUCAGGAGCCGGACCUUAGAUGCCGAAGUUGACGUGUUGUGCUCCGUCCUCUACAGCAAUCACAACAGAUUGGGCCACCACAAGCCCCAUUUGGCUCUCCGACAGGUAGAACAGUGCUUAAAGCGUUUGAAAAACAUGCAUUUGGAGGGCUCAAUUGAAGACUUGUCACAGCUGUUGUCUGCCAAUGAAGCUCAGCCUGGAGUUACCGAAAGCCAUGCCGUCCCCAGCCAGCCGGUGGUGGAGGUGGUGCUGAUGAAGGUUUUGGGAGGCUGCAAGUUGUUACUGCGCUUGCUGGACUGCUGCUUCAAGGCAUUCCGAUUGACCGUGAAGCAUUUGGUACUGCAGGAAUUCAUUAUUUUGAACCUUGUGAUGAUUGGGCUGGUGAGCAGGUUAUGGGUUCUCCAUAAGGGACUUUUAAGGAGGCUGACUUCCUUGUAUGAGCCACUGUUUGGAUUGCUUCAGGAGGUCUCCAGGAUCCAGCCCAUGCCUUACUUCAAAGACUUUGCCUUUCCCUCUGAUAUUACCGACUUUCUAGGGCCACCCUACACUGACCUCUUCAAGGGCAAACCGCCUGCAGCUGUUACCACUAAAGGAGUAACUAAGUUACUAAAUAAACUGUUUUCAAUGAAAGGCCAACUGCCAAAGAUCAAUGAAGACACUUUAGAUAGAAUUUCCCAAACACCUGAACAAAAGAAGUUCUAUCUGCAGGGAAGUGUGGACCUGGGACAGCCAGUGAAAACGACUAAAAAGACCAAGAACGAAAAGCCACCGGGAUUUGACGUGCGGGCUUUGUGCACAAGGCUGGGAAACAAGGCUACUCAGGAGACCAGCCUUGAGUUGAAAUGCUCUCAAUCCAGAUUUAAGACAAGCAAACUUUCCUCUCAAAAGCUGACAAGAACUUCCCGGGCUGCUCACAAUAUUGUGCAGAGAAUCCGGGUAACCCAGACUUUCACCCAGCUUUCUGAAGAAAUCCAAAUGGCAGUCGUGUGGUGCCGAAGCAAAAAGCUCAAGGCUCAGGCCACCUAUCUGGGCAGCAAACUUCUUAAGAGUAACAGGCUCAGACAUGUGGAAGCUCAGGGUUACAGCUUACCAAAGAAGCUACAGUGCAUGAAAACAUCUCUUUGCAACUGCCUUCUUCGAGGCUCCAUUGUCAGCACUUCAAAGUGUCCUUCCAGACAAGGAAGAUCAAAGCAUAAAGUUUUAUCGAGACAAAGGAAACCGCAGAGAAAGUUGCAGUCAACUCUUUUAAAGGAAACCCAGCAGGUCCCUGAAGGGACUCUGAAGAACUUGAGGGGCACCAGUGCUAAGUGGAGCCGCUCAGAUGGGACAGUUCAGAGGACAGAUGUCUGUCCUAACAGAAAGCAGGUCUUGAGAAGACUUUCAAAGCCUGUCCUAAAAACAAAGGAGAUGGGGAUCCACAGGAAUCUCACAGCAGGCAGUGGAAAUGAAACUGCUUUGCGGACAAAGAGACAAACACACACACACAGUGUGCCAGAAGCUGCUAAAGAGGCAGAUGACAUUGAUGAUAUUUUUGCUUUGAUGGGAGUGUAGCUGUGCAUAUGUGAAACUGUGAGCCAAGCUGGUUCGGGGUUCUGCUGUUUUAACUGUUUUAAGCGGGACUGCUGAGAGCUGGAAGCACUGCUUGGCCAGGAGCUGCUUCUGUGCAACAUUCCACAGGAGUGCACGCCAGUUCAAUAAACCUUUACAACAGCAGCACGGUCAGCUCGUCAGUUAGUGUUUGCUUGGCUUUGACUGAGGAGGCUGUGCAAUAUGAUGAAAAGUGUCACUGUCUGCCCCUGAGUAACACCUACCUUCUUGACUGAAGCAAAUCCUUGUCCUGAGACUGCUCACAAAGUCCUCCGCACCAAGCACCAGUGUCCUGGUGGCCAGGCCUGCUGGGCAAGCUUUCCUCCGACUUCACCACUCCUAUUCUCUUCCAUCACCUCACAAGAACUGCUACCAUGAGAAGCUUUGAUAGCUCUGCUUCUGGCGGAAGAAUGUUUUUGGAUGUAACUCUUCUGACACCUAUGCUUUGCUUUGUGGUUUUAAAAAAAUUUUCUUUGCUUUAAAUACUGCUAAUUAGGAUAAAACAGACUAUUAAUUAUAAAGCAAAUGAAAACAUUUAUCACGGAGUUUUAAAAAGGCACAAAGUUGUACAGCCUUACCGCAGCUCUAACGUCCUGACAGCAGUCUCGCUUUGAAACACUAAGACACUCCAUGAAGAGUUGAUCUCUAUAAGAAAUCUGCUCCUGUGAGCUGCAGGUCAAAGCCAGUCUUCCUGUUCUAAAUCCAUAGUACAGUGAUUCUAAGCUGUCCCCCUGACCGUAAAUUCAUUUCCUCACUUAAAGCUAGGUCUUGUUUAUCUCUGCUAUUUGUUUCAGGGUAGGAUGCUUUUUGUGAUAAAAGCCUAUGUGUUUUGCUGUGUCCUUUGGUUGGUUUGGGCUUGCAAACAUACAGCUGUCAUCCACAUAUGUAACUUGUUAGCUUUCAAAGCUAAGGUGCUGAUAGCCAUCAGUGAGGUAAGCAAACAUCAGGUGAUUUUCCCAAGGACCACGUAAUAACACACACUAGGAGAACCUGAAUCCUGGAUUCUGAUCAUCAAUCCUGUGUUCACCCAAAGGGCAGUGAACAGUUCUACCUGACUGGUGUUUCCAUAAACUGGCAAAUUUUGAGAAUUUUUUCAUAUUCAAAUAAAGACUAGAGGAAGAAUUAUAAGCAUACAUGAGAUCCUUUACUUUUCUACUUACCUAUGCAUGCUUUACAGAAAGGCACCCCACCUUACCUAGUUCACAUUCACAACAUUAAAGAUGGUAGACAUUUUGUAUAAGACAAAAAACUAAUAAUAUAACAAACCUCUCUACAUAGUAGUAACAGAGUCUCACUUCAUGUAUUUCUAUAUGCUCUUGGACUUGUCAGUUUGUUAAAAUAGAAAAAGCAGCUAGCAUCUGUCCUAAUGAACAUUAUGAUUUAAUUAUAACCCUCACCCCCAACAAAUUCAUUUUUGC